AUGUCAACAAAUAGUGAAAUGCAAAUUCGUCGCUCCGCAGCUGCAAGCUCUGUUGCUCAAUCAGGUUCGUCAUCAACUGGUGCAACAAUACCAUCCGCUCCUCACAAUAAACGAAAAGUUGAAUCCAUUUUAUAUAGUGACAUCGCUGUUCGUUAUAAUGAAAAUAGCCUUGAACAAUGUCGUACAUCUGUUAGCGCGCUAUCUGGUUGUGUUGCUGGUAUAAUUGGUCUUACGUCCUAUAAAGGAUUUCUCUUUUAUGGCUUUUCAAUGUUUCUACUCUCGUUACUUAUAUUUAUCUUUAUUCGACAUGAACAUCGCAAGUUUUUUACCGGUUUAAAUCAUGUCUUCGUCAAUGGAUUCUUUAAUGGUCUUCUUACUUAUGUACUCUUUUGGACAUUUCUCUAUGGAAUGGUUCAUGUUUAUUAG